AUGUCUUCUUACGUCUUGUUUGGAUUGGAAAACCCUUUGUUGGAUUAUUACGUUGGAGGAGAAGAUGCUACACUCCAGAAAUAUGGACUGAAAAGCAACGAUGCCGUUUUGGCAUCUGAAAAGCAAAUGGGUAUUUACAAAGAGGCCUGUGUCAGUUAUGGUGCUGGUGGUGCUGCUCAAAACAGCUGCCGUGCUGCUCAAUAUGUCCUUCCUCCCAACUCUACCGUUUUUGCUGGUUGUGUAGGUGAUGACGACUUUGCUCGCAUGCUUCGUGAGUCUAAUGAAAAGGCUGGAUUACGCUCUCUUUUUUCUGUUGAUCCUUCCACAAGCACUGGUGUUUGUGCCGUUGUAUUGAGUAACAACAACAAAUGUCGCUCUUUGUGCACUAAUUUGGGAGCCGCGAACAACUAUAAGCUUAAUAACUUGAAGAUUCCUGAAGUUUGGAGCCUUGUUGAGAGCUCCAAGAUUUUAUAUGUUGGUGGAUACCAUUUGACUGUCAGCCCCGAGGCCAUGUUGGAACUGGCCAAGCACGCUGUUGAGAAGAACAAGCCUUACAUCAUGAACCUUAGUGCUCCUUUCCUUUCUCAAUUUUUUAAAGAACAAAUGGACUCUGUUGUCCCUUAUUGUGACUACAUCAUUGGCAACGAGUCUGAAAUCCUUAGCUAUGGUGAACACCAUGGCAUUGAAACUAAGGAUGUUGGUGAAGUAGCCUUGGCUUUGGCUUCUGUCGAGAAAGUAAACAAGAAGCGCAGUCGUGCUGUUGUUAUUACCCAAGGUGCUGAUGCCACUAUCGUAGUCCAGGAUGGUGAAGUGAAGACCUACAAGCCUAACCACGUUCCCGCUGAGGAAAUCGUCGACACCAAUGGUGCAGGUGAUGCCUUUGCUGGUGGUUUUAUUGCUGCUCUUGCUGGAGAACAUGGUAUCGACUACGCUAUUACACUCGGCCACUGGUUGGGUCAAGAGUGUAUCAAAGUCAGCGGUACAACCCUUCCCCUUCCCAAAAAGCAAUACCCUCUUCCCUAA